AAUUUCUUCAUUGCUACCGAGAGUUCGAGAGGCUAACCCGUGUCGGAUUCACAAAGCGAGGAAUUGUCGCCUGGAGAAAUUGGGUUGUUCUAUUUCGCAAGGUCGUUCUUCCUCCUCCCAUUUUCUUUCUAUCUCGCUCGCUUGCCAUGUCUAAGUCCGCCUCCACUUCCCUCUUCCAGAACCUGAAGCGUUUCUUCAAAAAGCCAUGGGAGAUCACCGGCCCGUGCGCUGACCCGGAAUACAAAUCGGCAUUGCCGGGCGCGCUUGAGUACCGAGUCUUCUGUCCCGCCACCGCCAGGGAAAAGGCCAUUGUGCCCACGUCCAAUCCUGAAACCGUUUACGACAUCAAGUACUAUACUCGCGACCAGCGGCGGAAUCGUCCUCCGAUCCGCCGCACUAUCUUGAAGAAGGCCGAUGUGGAGAAAAUGAUGAAGGAGACGACCUUUGACGUCUCGGACUUUCCCCCUGUUUAUGUGACUUCCAGGGUUGAAGAAGACAUUAAUGCUCGAGGUGGAGGCUACCAGAAAUAGGUGUGUGCAAUCUUGGAAUGGCGGACGCAGUUCAAUCACCUUUCUCUUUUAGUCGGUGAAAAGGCUGAUUAGUGAUGUUUGUGAAGGAUUUCUAGCUUUAAAAUUGUAACCACCAUAUGUCAAUAAAGCACAGCUGGCUGCAGUGAAGUUUGACUUCUUGUACUUCUUUCUGAGUGUUGAUUAAAAGCCAACUACUUCGGUGAAUUGAUAAUGCAUAAAGUGAAUGAUGCCUGAAGUUUUUGUGUUCUUACCGGUUAUUCUUUGCAGUGUGAUUGCAACAAUGCGUCUAGCAUACAUAGUGAUACCCAGCAUUUUAUUUUCCCGAAA